GGUGAAGUUCAUCAACCAGAACUGUUUUCGGUGUGAUUAUCCUGCCGCCAGUUUGCUCUUGGUGAAGAAAAACUAGAAUUAUGGAGGAAGCUCUGCAGUUGAUGUGCAGCAAGAUCCGUCUGGAUCGAGACAAAGGCGAAUCUCAGCUCACGCAACUGCUGCAGGCAUGUGCAGGCGAAGGAGCUGCGACCGGACUCCAAGAUGAUUUACUGAAAUUGCUUGAAGCUGAUUUGAGCUGGGAGCAGAAUCUCGGCGGACUGAAUGGGUGCAAAGUUAUCGUCGAGGCUUCUCGUUGUGACGAGGGUUUUGGCAACGCUGUGACCAGUCGCUGCCUGAAGCUUUUGCUGGCUGAGGAACCUCGAGUCAGAUUUGCUGUCGGAGAUGUUCUUGGCUUGCUCUCCGCCUCGCUGGGCCCGAAGGUCUAUGUGGAGGUGCGCGACGUGGUGCUGCAGACCAUCCGCGACAACCUGACGCGUGACUUUGAGCACCUGCGCGUCUCCGAGGACGAAGUCGGCAAGCUGUCCACGGCACUGUCGUCCUCCACGUCCGACGCUACCGCAGUGGAGACGUCUCGCCCUACAACACCAGCAGCGGAGCAGAUCUUACAUGACACGGCCGGCUGGAAAGCCUUGGAAAGCAGCAUGAAAUGCCUGAGUGCAAUGGUGAAGGGUUGCGGAGUACGCUUUGAUCCCUACAUUGACCAGAGCUUCCUGGACCUGAUCUACAUUGCGCUGACACACAUGAACCGCUUUGUGCGCGAGACUGCCUUUCUGCUUUGCGGCUCGCUGGUACAGGGCUCCGCUGGUGAGCCGAGUUCCUCCUCGCCAUCGAAAGCGUCCACGGCAGGUGCGGAGGGUAAGGGCAGCGGCUCUACCGCUGUCGGUACCAACAUCUUUGCCCGUGACCUGGGCAUGGAGUUCGCCGCUCAUCUAGCUAAGGGCCUGGCGGACAACUGGAGCCAAGUACGGUGGGCGGCUUCCGUAGCUACUCGUUGCUUCGUUCUGAACGUGAGCGACGCCAGUCUGCGACAGGAGUACCUGAAGCUGCUUCUGCCGCCGAUGUGCUUGAACCGGUACUAUGUAGCCGAAGGCGUCCGCAUCUACUCGCAGGAGAGCUGGCGGCGAAUCGUAGGAGACGCUGGCUGUGACAUUGUCAAACAGCACAUUGAUAGUAUGGUACAAUUCUACGUUUCUGCGAGCCAGGCGGACAACCAUGCAGUCAGAGAGGCAGCGUGCUCAUGCAUUGCCGAGCUUGGAUCCAAGAUUGAUGCGGAUACUGUUCGGCCGCACGUCUCCAGCACACUUUUGCCUGCGCUGAUUGACUGUUUCCGCGACGACAGCUGGCCUGUCAGAGAUGCCGCUUGCAUUGCAUCGGGUAACUUCGUCAAGUGCUUCCCGGACGAGUGCAAGCCAUCCCUGUCUCUGCUGUACGAGCUGUUCUUGACCAACCUUGCCGACAACAUCCCGUCGGUUCGACAGGGAUCAGCGGCAGCUCUUGCCAAUGUAGCCUUUGCGUAUGGUGAUGAAGCGGUUGACUUCCUGUGUACCACGGCCAAGACGCGCCUGGAAGGUGUCAAGGAUCAAGCGGAUGAGUCAAAGAAGUACAGCCAGUUGGAGAGCGGUCCGGCCACGUUCGGCGUCGUGAAGCAGGCGCAUGACAACGAUAUGGCUCUGCAUGAAAACCAGCCAAUGUACUCUUGUGGUUCGUUGGCACCGAAGAUGGGUCGCGGCGGACAAGUACAUGAGGGCGGUUGCAGUGGCGCGUCGAAGUUUCGCCGUCCCGCCGAGCCGUGGGAGCUUGGAGAUGGCUGUGUGCACCUUGUCGCUGAGCUGACGGCAUUGAAGCCCGCUCAGGCCAAGAGCACCGCACUUCUGCCAAUCGUCGCCGACGCUUGCCGCGUACGACACUACACGCAUCACUUUGCCUUCUUGGAGUCCGUGUGCAAGGCGCUUCCCAAGAUCGCCAAAUAUCUUGGCAAGCGGCCUUUCAAACAGUACCUGGAGGCGUUCCUUCCAUCGAUUUUCUAUGCACUGGAUGGCAGCAACCAGUUGGCAACGGCGGCUGCGGCGGAGUGCCUGACGCACUUUGCUCAUUUCCUCGGGCCCACCAUCCUGCGUGGCCGCGUCGAGCAGCUCGAUCCCAACCUCCUGACCUCGCUGGACAGGACGCUUGGUCCCAGAGUCAUGUGAAGCAGUCCAGUGCUGUGGGUGUGGGUGUGUGUGUGUGCAGAUAUGUCAUGAAGAAGGCGGACAUCAUCAGGCUGCCCAGUGCUGUGAACUACCCUAUACCCUACAUGGUUGCCAUGGUAAACAUGGGCUUGUCAAGGAUAUGUUCAGGCGUGAUUGCUGUGCUCCUUGUGUAUCACUCGCUCCGUGUUCUGCAGCUCACUCAUAGUAGAUGUGGCGUCGCGUACUUCCAAGCCACUGUGGCCACCUGCAGCUGUCAGCAAUGCACCGCUUCCUUUGGCGAAUGUGCGCGGGAUUGCCGUCCGUCCGUACUAGGCCCAGUGUGUCGGCCUGGGCGUGUGCUGUGAGUGUGUGGGCCUGGGCGUGUGCUAUGAGUGCUGCUGUGUUCCCGUAGCCGGUCCCUGUGCCGUGCAUCCCGUAUUUCCCCCUACGGGAAGCCAGCGUGAGACCUCACUUUGUGUGCACCAUUCUGGCAGGCUGCUUCUUUGAAAUGGCAAUGGCCUCUCUGAUGCUCUACGAGCCAUGUGCCUCCGUUCUUCUCUGGAAUUCGUACUCCCUGGAGUGUACGUACUAUACACAUGGAGUAUGGUUUUUUUCUCUAUAAAAUAUCUCUUUCUCCAGAUCCAUCACAAUCAAUAUUAUCCAAUCUGCAAUCCAUUUUAUCAUUUCUUUUCUUUUGGUUUACCCCAGCCUGACCAGGAGCCUCAACAGCCGUUCGAUUCCAUGUUUCCUCUCCUGUCCGCCAUAUGAUUUCUUUAGUACGGCGUGUUGUUGCUGCUGCUGCUGCUGCUGCUGCUGCUGCUGCUGCUGCUGCUGUUGCUGUUGCUGUUGUUGUUGUUGUUGUUGUUGUUGUUGUUGUUGUUUAGGUUGUUUGUUUGUUUUACAGUAGAUCUGCUGUGCGAUGAGGACACUGGUUUUCUAGCUUGAAUCAUGUUGGUGGGUUGAGCUCGGUUGAAGAUGAA